CCGCUGCGUGCCCUGCAGCCCCGCGCCCGCCGCUCGCCUCGGCCCCGCGGCCCCUGGCCUGGCUGCCGGGGCCGCUGCCUUCUGGGCGCCUCAUGCCUUCGGUCCAGACUUCUCACCGAUGGUUCUGAUCUCCUUUGCCGCCCCGACGACGCGCAGCCUGGGACCCUCAGGCUCGCCUCCGAGAGUGGGAUGCCUGCUUUCCUUCUGGCAGGCUGUGCCAGCCGCCCGCAAGGCUCCUCGGGGUAUUUUCCCAUCCCUUGCCCCCGCCUCACUGGGUCCUCGAGCUCUCUUAGUCUGUAAAAAUCUGCCCUCCCGCUUCACCAGUAUCCUCUGGGGCUGCUGUUUCUUUGGCUUUCUGGUCUUCACCCAGCCUAUUCCUUGGCCACAUCCUCCUCAGACCUCACUUUUGUCUGGUCCUGCCCCUUCGGAGGCUUCGAGAAGGGCAGAGAGCUUCACGUGGAGGCACAGGCAGAGGUUGUCCUCCCUCAGCAGGAUCCUGGCUGCUGCAGGAACAGCUUGGGAGCCAUGGGCCGUCGGCUGAUCCGUGGUCUCUCUGGAGCUGCAGCCUUCCUGGUCAGCGUGGCUCUCCUCUCUGCGCGGCACCGAGGGGCUCAGGAAACAGCUCGGUACCCAGGGCUCCAGGAGGGGACCUUGGAGGAGUCAGAGCAACAGAGCAAAGCGAGCCCAGAGGGAGGUGGUGAGAGGGGGCAGAGGGACCCGCGAGUCCAUCCUCCGGAGGGAUACAGCACUGAGGGGACCCUCACCCUUGGGGACAUUUUUAUAGCUGUGAAGACAACCAAAAGGUUUCACCAGAGCAGGAUGGAGCUGCUCCUGGACACGUGGAUAUCCCGGGUCAGAGAGCAGACCUAUGUCUUCACCGAUGAAGAAGAUGAUGGCCUGAAAAGAAGAAUGGGUGACCAUGCCAUCUUCACCAACUGCUCUGCCGAGCACAGUCACCUGGCCCUCUCCUGCAAGAUGGCUGCUGAGUUCGAUACCUUCCUGGCCAGUGGCCGGAGCUGGUUUUGCCAUUUGGAUGAUGACAACUACCUGAACCCUCAGGCCCUCCUGAAGCUUUUGUCCUCCUUCUCUGCAACGUGGGAUGUUUACCUGGGGAAGCCCAGCUUGAACCGACCCAUCCAGGCAUCUGAAACACUGCCAAACAACCAGACGAAAUCUGUGCACUUCUGGUUUGCCACGGGAGGGGCUGGGUUCUGCAUCAGCCGCAAGCUGGCAAGCAAGAUGGUGCCAUGGGCCAGUGGCAGGAACUUCCUGAGCACUUCAGAGCUCAUCCGCUUGCCAGAUGACUGCACCGUGGGUUACAUCAUUGAGUGUAAGGUUGGCGGGCAUCUCCUGCCCAAUGCCCUCUUCCAUUCCCACCUGGAGAACCUGCAGCUCAUCCCCCCGUCUCAGCUCACACAGCAGGUCACCCUCAGCUACGGUGUCUUUGAGAACAAGCUCAAUGUUAUUGAACUCAGUGGCCCCUUCUCACCCCAAGAGGAUCCCUCAAGCAGGUUUCGAUCGCUCCACUGCCAUCUCUAUCCAGACACCUCCUGGUGCCUGCAGGCUGCUGGCUGGUGAUGGCUGAGCCUCAGCUGCACUGAGGCCUGAGGACAUCCAUUCACCUUGUUCAUGUAAGGAGUGGGACACUGAAGAAACUUGGUGAUCCCCAUUUCCUCUUUUCUGUGUUGACUGUGUGAUGGCUUCUUUGGUCCUUGCUGAAUACCAGUGACACAGGACAAGAGACAAGAUCUGUCCCAAAGAUGGAUAACGUGGGCUGGACACUUGGAUAGUCUGGGCUAUGUACAAGGGAUGGGUGCAAUGUGCCUGCCUGGGCAGAUCAAGGAUUGUGUAGUGACUGCUGGGCAUCUGGGUAGAGACAGAGUCCUGCUGCUGCUCCUUGCUCCUUGAUUCAUCUUGGUGGGCUAGAAAGGCCCUGGGUAUGGGUAACCAGUCCCCAACUGAGGAUAACUGAUAAUGUGUUGUGGCUUCAUCCUCUCUGAGAAAGCCCUCUUCCUCUAUAUCUGCCUGUGCUUCCCCCACAACCUGCUCUCCUUAGAUGCAGGCCCUUGGCUGAGUCUCUGCUCAGUUGAGGUCUAUAGAAAUGGAAAAUAUGCCCAUUUCUGUGCCGAAUGAGCACUGGAAAAGGGUAGUCCUUGCUUGUCAGAGGGGAGAUGAGCAGGAAAUACAAAGACACUCGGGCUGGAGAGAGAAGAGAGUGUGGGGUAGGGGAGCCAGGAGGAGACAGACCGAGAUGAGGAUAAUUCCUGCACUGAACAUUGAAGGCUUGAUCUUGUAUGGCCCUGCAUUAUUCCUCUCUUUUUACCUUCUUGAUAUGGGGUCAGGAUAAUCUCUUGCUCUAAUUACCAACCUGUCGUCUGAGAUUAGACUCCAGCUCCUACCUGUGAGAGAGGAGACAUAAAGGAUUAGAACCAGCUGAAAGAGAGGAGAAAGGAAGAGAUGGAGAAGGAGUGCUCAGGAGCGGAUUAGAGGUUACAACUUUAUAAUCUUCCUUGUGCCCUGACCAAAAAAAAAAGUCAUGGAGGAAUGGAAAUAGCAAGGCAAAGAGCUUUUUAUCUCUGCAUUUCUUUCCUCCAGAUGCUAAGAGCAGCUUUCUGCCUUCCUGCUGCCUCUGCUGGACGCAACAGGGGGAAGGAGCAGGCCCAAAUAGGUUGCAGAGCUUUCUGGCAUGUUUGUGGAGAGUCGUUUUCUCUGUACAGAGCCUGGCACGAAAGCUGGGCAAUAAACUUUGGCACCAUUUUGUGCUUGUACGCACGGUUAAAUGGCUGGGGGAGAGCGUUGCAGGGAGAACUGGAAGGCAAAGGGGUGGUUUUAAAUGGCAGGUGAUGCCACAAAUAGGUAUUGCUCUUUAAAGAGCAUUUGAAAACACACUGCUGGGAUCUGUGAAUGAUUCCUGUAAUCUCCAGAUGAAAGGACAAAUGCCUUUUCUGUGAAGAGCUGCUCAGCUUUGAUGCUGCUGAUGUUACUAAGCCCGCUGCUGGUGGGCUGGAAGAGCCAAAGGUGACUAUCACUCUGCCUCUACCAUUUUGAAAACCGGCCACCCUGUUGCCUCCUCCCACCCUUCCAAGCACCAGCACCUCCUACACAGCACACACGGGGUUUAAAGGAGGCAUCCUUCCACCUCUGCAAAAGGGGAUCUAGAAAUGAAUGAGCACUUUAGUUUCUGGAGAAGCAGAGAGCAGGAGCCUGUUGAUCGGUUUUCCAGCUUGAUCAUUCUUAUCAGCAUUUAACCAGCCUGUGAAGCAGCAGAGAACCCUGCUUCCUUCUCUUUCACAACAUGCCUUUGAACUGGAAAUUCAUCCUGAGCAGGGACAGGGGCUAGCUGAUGUCAAUGACCAUUCUUGAGUUGUGCAAAACGCUUGGCUCACACAGCUACGUGAACCUAGGAAACGUGCAGCUCCAGAGACUGAACCUAUGAACCAUGCAGCACAAAACAGAGACACUCAACUAUUGGAAGACAGAUACAGCAUGAAGAAACCCUGCCCUAAAGGGCAAAUGGUUUGGUUUGACUUCCACCAGACGAAAAGUGCUUGUAUGAGAAGAAACAAGAGUCUUCAAGAGACUUCUACGCUACCUGGGUAUCUCCUUUUUUUCCUCAUUCAAACUUUCAGCUAUUGUUAAUCGAGACUUUGAGUUAGAAAGCCAUGUUGUAGAUGUUCUGGUGGCAGUCAAAGCAAAACAUGAGUCAUGUGCCUGGAGAAGCAAAGCCUAGAGAAACAAGUACAAGCAGCUUCAUUUCCCUGGGAAAAAGCAAAGCAGAGAAACUGGAAGUCCACUUUGGAUCCUGGCCUCAGCUGGUCAGAAUUCACCUGGUACCUUCUGCAUGGCUGAAGAUCGGAUGUUUAAAUGGGUUGAGUCCUUGAGCGGCUGCAUGGGGACCAGUUUAAGACUGGGCUUUGUUGCUGGAGCAGUGCCACUUCUGUGGAAAAUGUCUUGUCCCAUAAGGAAACCAAGAACAGAUGAGAAAAUGUCUGGGGCAGGACAUCUCUUGGGCUGUAGAGAAACGGAUGACAGAAGAGUCCUCUCAUGCCUGUGACGCCAAUGCGCUGGGAAGAAAAUAGCUUCUCGGAGCUGACAAAAGAAACCAGGUUUUCUCUAAGAACAGAGAGACAGCUUAAGGGGACAUUCACCACAUGAAAUCUGAUCAACGUUAAAACCCGAGUUAAAAUUAGUUUCAGGAAUGGUUCCUGCCCCUGGGGCUUGCUGUCAGAUGCUGUGGUUUUACAGUCUCGUUUUCCUGGUUUAUUGAAAUGUUUAGCUGCUUGGGAAGAUGAGAAACAAUCUCACGUGAAACUUUUCACAGGGCUGUCUUUUUUUAUUCUCCUUCAUGGUUUUCUGAUGUAACAUUUAAAGUUUUUGGAAAGGUUCCACUGGGUCUAAUGUGAUUUUUCUCCUUGUUUUUUCCCCCCUCUCUCUCUUUCCCUUCCUCCAUCUCAUGCUCCCUUUUCUCAUUGCAA